AUGUCCGAUCUGAGCGAUGCGACUUGGGAUUGGAUCUUGAUGUUUGUUAAGGCUAGCAAAGCAUUCGUGGAGUUUUGCACGAGGCGAAACAGGGCGGAACCCAAGCCUGCACAUGGGUGGCAAAGACGACUUCACAACAAAGCGAGAAGAGCAUCUAAAAGUGGCGCCGUCAUUAUUGGAGUUGAGUAUCGGCUUGCACUAGAACAGAGCUUACCGAUCCAACUGGACGAGUAUGAUUCAGUGAUCAGUUGGGUUCAAGGUGAUGAAGGGAGGAAACGAGGUACAAGUCUUGAUAAGGUUUGUGGAGGCGAUGACUCUGCUGGUGGAAACAUGACUGCCGCUGCGAGUCUUCGUAGAAAGGACAAUAGAAAGAAACCAUGGAUGGCACAGCUCCUUUUGUAUCCUGAAAAAAGACUUCACUUCAAUACUAAAGAAGCUAUCGAGAACAGCUCUGAUAAUAUCUAG